AUGGCGGGGCCAUGGAGGGAGAAGAGCACGGGCCAACCAUCGUCAUCGGUUUUCCGAUCACCAGUGGCGGCGACGGCGAUUGGGAUAGGAGUGGCGGCGGGCUUCGUCAUCUUCAUCUUGUUCAACCGUGGGUGGUGGUGGUUCUCCGUGAAUCCGCUCACAGGAAAUCGCCCCCUUUCCAACCUUACUCUGAAGGCCGAUUCUUCGUCGCUCGAAUCAACAGAGGCUCUAAAGUCGAAAAACGUAAAGCUGUCGAGCGAAAUCACAGAGCUGAAAACCCGAAUCAGAGACCUGAGCGAAAAGCUAUGUCUAGCCGAACGAGAAUCGAGCAGCACGCCAUCUAACUACAAACCGCAAAAGCCCGGGCCUUUCGGCACCGUCAAAGGACCAAGAACAAGCCCGCCAAUAAUCCCCGACGAGACGGUGAAUCCAAGACUCGCUCAAAUCCUAUCCAAAGUAGCGAUCGACAGGGAGCUCAUACUCGCCCUCGCCAGUUCAAACGUGAAGCCCGCUUUAGAACUCUGGUUCACGAGCAUAAAAAAAGCCGGCAUCUUUAAUUACCUAGUCGCAGCAUUAGAUACCGAAACGCUCGAUUUCUGCAUCUCGAACGACGUCCCGGUGUACCGACCGAGCCCGACUCUCGAACUCAUCAACUCAUCAUCAAGCCAUGAAGUCUCGGGCCUUAAAUUCCGAGUGUUGAGGGAGUUUCUCCAAAUGGGGUACAGUGUUCUUCUCUCGGAUAUCGACAUUGUGUUCCUGCAAAACCCGUUCGGGCACCACCUGUACAGGGACUGUGAUGUGGAGGCCAUGUCAGAUGGACACGACAACUUGACGGCUUACGGAUAUGAUGAUGUUUUUGACGAGCCCGAAAUGGGCUGGUCCCGCUACGCACACACGAUGAGGAUAUGGGUUUAUAAUUCGGGAUUCUUUUACAUAAGGCCCACUUUGCCAUCGAUCGAGCUUCUUGAUCGGGUGGCGAGCCGUCUGGACCAGGAAGAGGAGGCGUGGGACCAGGCGGUUUUUAAUGAGGAGAUGUUUUAUCCUUCGAGCCCGGGUUAUAACGGGCUUCAUGUGUCGAGGAGGACUAUGGAUUUGUACCUGUUUAUGAACAGUAAAGUUCUUUUCAAGGUGGUCAGGAAGGAUUAUGGUUUGAGGAAAAUUAUGCCGGUUGUGGUUCAUUUGAAUUACCAUUUGGAUAAGGUUCCAAGGAUGAAGGCUGUGAUCGAUUUCUAUGUGAAUGGGAAGGGUGAUGCUCUCGACCCGUUUUCGGAGGGGUCGGCUUGGAAUCCAAAUGAGGAAUGA